ACUCUACUUACAUAUGUGACUUGUAUACUAGUAAUAUGGCAGGAAAAAAGUGCUUCCCUACAUCAACUCCAGUACACAGUGACAAAAUUUAUGUAUUGAGGAAAAGCACAAAAUCUGAUGUUAGUUGGUAGCAUGUUAAAUAGUGAAUUGAUGGACCUGAACAUGAUGGCAAAAGUGAACCUGAACUUGAUGUCAAAAGUGAACCUGAAAUGAUGUCAAAAUUGAACCUGAACUGAUGACAAUUUUGAAUAGAUGUCCAUAGUGAAAUAAAUGUCACCCAAAAUGGAUACCAAGAUGGAUACCAGGAUGUAUGUCAAUAGUGAAUCUGAAAUUGAUGGCAAUAGUGAACCUGAAAUUGAUUGCGAUAGUGAACGUGAAAUUGAUGGCGAUAGUGAACCUGAAAUUGAUGGCAGUAGUGAACCUGAAAUUGAUGGCAAUAGUGAACCUGAAAUUGAUGGCAAUAGUGAACGUGAAAUUGAUGGCAAUAGUGAACCUGAAAUUGAUGGCAAUAGUGAAACUGAAAUUGAUGGCAAUAGUGAAUCUAAAAUUGAUGGCAAUAGUGAACCUGACAUAGAUGUCCAUAUUGAAAUAGAUGUCACUAAUAAACCCUAUAUAUAUGCCAAAAUUGAACCCAGAGUGGAUGUCAGCUGUGAAGAUGAAAUCAAUUUCAAGAAUGAACCUGACAAAACACAACCCAAAAUGGAUGGCAAUAGUGAACUUGAAAAUCUAAUUAAAACUGAAAAUGUGAUUAAGAAAUACAGUACUUAUCCUGACGUGGAUGUCAAUAAUAGACCGGAAAUUGAUUUUGAUAAUGAACCAGAAAUAUUUGUCAAAUCAGAACCUGGGAUUGAUGUCAGCUUUGAUUAUGAAUCAUCUGAAUAUGGUUAUGACACCACUGAAGAUGUUUUUGAUGAAUCAGAAAUGGAUGUCAAUAAUGAAAUGGGAGAGGCUGUUAAAACAGAAUCUGACAGUGAAAGAGUAAUAGCAUACACUUGUUCUAUAUGUGACAAAAGGCAGGUGAGGCAUACAUUCUGUAGAUUGAGUUAA